CGUACGCGAUGCUCCGCCCUCUCCGCACACACGCCGGGUAGGAGGGCGCAAUCAAGUCUUGGUGGCGGCGAUCCUCGUCUUCAGUGUAUGGUUCACCACGCCAGGCGGUUCUGCUUGGUUUCAGCCAUGGAGGGCGUGCGCUGGGCGUUUUCCUGCGGCACCUGGCUGCCGAGCCGAGCAGAAUGGCUGCUCGCAGUUCGAUCGAUCCAGCCUGAGGAAAAGGAGCGCAUUGGCCAGUUCGUCUUUGCCCGGGACGCGAAGGCAGCCAUGGCUGGUCGUCUCAUGAUAAGGAAAUUAAUUGCAGAGAAAUUGAAUAUCCCUUGGAAUAAUAUUCGUUUGCAAAGAACUGCAAAAGGAAAACCAGUUCUUGCAAAAGACUCAUUGAAUCCUUACCCCAAUUUCAACUUUAACAUCUCUCAUCAAGGGGACUAUGCUGUACUUGCUGCUGAACCUGAGCUACAGGUUGGAAUUGAUAUAAUGAAAACUAGUUUUCCAGGUCGUGGUUCAAUUUCAGAAUUCUUUCAUAUUAUGAAAAGAAAGUUUACCAACAAAGAAUGGGAAACAAUCAGAAGCUUUAAGGAUGAAUGGACUCAACUGGAUAUGUUUUAUAGGAAUUGGGCACUGAAAGAAAGCUUCAUAAAAGCCAUAGGCAUUGGACUAGGAUUUGAAUUGCAACGGCUUGAAUUUGACAUAUCUCCAUUAAACCUGGAUAUAGGCCAGGUUUACAAAGAAACACGCUUGUUUCUGGAUGGAGAAGAAGAAAAAGAAUGGGCAUUUGAGGAAAGUAAAAUAGAUGAGCACCAUUUUGUUGCAGUAGCUCUUAGGAAACCCGAUGGAUCUAGACAUCAGGAUGCUUCAUCUCAAGAUGAUUCUAAACCAUCCCAGAGGCAGUUUACUAUUCUUACCUAUAAUGACUUAAUAUCAUCUGCUGUUCCUAUGACCCCCGAAGAUCCUUCAUUUUGGGACUGUUUUUGCUUCACAGAAGAAAUUCUGAUACGAAAUGGUACAAAAUCGUGAUAUGAUAAGUAAUAAAGGGAAAUGAAAACUUUGUAAUAUUCUGUACUCACAAAAAAUAAAUGCCUGAUACUAUCAAGUUUUAUUUCACAAAACACUUUGAAAAAGAAAAACAACUUUCCUAUUAAAAAAGCAUACUCCCAGUUCAAGAUAGCUUAGUAGAAUACGUUUACCUUUUCUUUCUUCCCAGAAUGGCAUUGAAUUGACAGAAGAAAUAGAAAAGGAUGGCAGAAUGUUAAGUGAUACAGGCAUGCCUUGUUUUAAUGCACUUUGCUGUUUUGUGCUUCACUUUAUUGUGCUUCACAGGUGUUAACAUUUUUUACAAAUGGAAGAAGGCAAGAUCCUCCACCAGCAAAAAGAUUAUGAUUGACUUUAUUAUGGUAGUCUGGAGCUAAACCCACGGUAUCUCUGAGGCAUGCAAGUAUGUAAUAAGGAAGCAUUUAAAUUCCUGUCCUUCAGACAUAACUGUAUCAGAGAUAACUGCUUUUAAAACCUUUUUUUGGCUAAUGAAUCCAUAUUAAUAUACUUGGGUGUUUUGUUUUGUUUUUUU